AAACAUAAAGAUAAGACAGAUAAGAAGAUGACUAAAGCUUUGAAUGAAAUAGAACUUGAAAGUUUGCUGAAUUUCUAAUUUCUAGCUUUUUGUGUUUUUCAAUGUCAUUCUAUUGUGGCAGAGCAUGAAGUUCAGUUUAGAGAGUACCCAGUUACCUCAUUCGAACGUCUAAUUUGAAAGAAAAGUGUUCAUUAUUCAGUGCCUUUGAUAGCUCUGACCACUCUGACCGGAUCAGAUCAGCUAUUGUUAAUCAACACGUAUGAAAAAGUUUUGCUGUCACUCGAGUACUGUCUGAUUCAGAUCCAGGGAAGAAAACAUGGCAAAAAGAACACCUCCGUAUUCUAUUCAAGCUCUUUUAAGAUUCGAUAAAUAUGUUACCGAUGAGAUUUGUCGCUUUGCCGACCGUUUCGCAGCUGUUCGAUCGUUCAAAAGGCAAUGUAAAACUUUAGAAUAUUCCUGUCACGGAAUCUUAUGGCUGUGCGCGUGGAUGAUCUUUAUAUGGUUUGCAUGGACUCCUUCGCUAUUUCAAAUGCAAGUCAACUUCUUAAUAGCCCUGAUCCUCGAUAUAAUCUACGUUGGCAUCUUGAAAGCGAUUUUCCGCCGACGAAGACCUGCCGGAAAUAAACCCGAUGCUUUAGAAAUAAGCGUGGAUAAAUUCUCGUUUCCUUCGGGUCAUGUUUCAAGAGCUGUCUUCAUCCUAUACUUCUUUCUGUAUUUGUAUCCUAUUAAUUUAAUAUUUAUCCCUCCUUUGUUGGCGUGGUGCGUUUCUGUAUCAGUUUCUAGGAUUUUACUUCGACGUCACCAUUUACUAGAUGUUUUGGGUGGUGUUGUAUUAGGCUUAUUUGAAGGAUUUGUUAUGAAUUAUUUAUGGCUGAGUGCUGGUUCGGCGUUUUAUAUCAUCGAAUGGAUAACUGAUGAGAAAUUCGAUGGCGGAGAAUACCAUGUUUGAUGUUUCUAGAACUUGUGAUUUUUAUCGUUUUAAGCUCAAUAGUAUUUUUAUCAUACGUAUAUGUUGUGUUUACACGUUUUUCGAAAAUUAUGCUUUCACUUGAUUUAUAGUAGUCCAGUUUUUUCGUUUUUUCUUCAGCUUAUACUUACCCAUCCAUAAAUGCUAUAAAUUCUCUGCGAUUAUUUCUAUUUUUUGUUCAUAUACUUUAGCAUAUAUUUAUUUGAGUUCAAAAUUUCACUUCCUUGAGUAUUAUAAAUGCAAUUCGAAUGUUUUGUAAUAAGUUUGCAAUGUCAUUUCUUUUUUCUUUUCAUCGUCGUAUUAAUUUUUAAUGAUUUGAUUUUGAUUGUUUUCUAGCAAUUCUUACUCUUCGUCCUCGAAUAUGAUUUUUGUUUCUAAUUAACAGGGCUCGGAUAUUCUUUCCCCAAAAAACCCAAAAUAUGCGCUUAAAUAUUCCCUAAAAAAUGCCAAAAUAUGCUCUAAAAAGUAAAAAUAUUCCCUAACGAUAUGGGUAUCGUUUUACAGGAAAAAUCAAUUCCUAUACGAUUUUAGUAAUAUUGUUGUGUAAUACCAAGAAUUCACAAACAAAAAUGCAAAACAGAGCGUUUUAAAAUCACGAAAAGGUAAUUCUAGUUCCAUUAUUAAAGGAUAAAAAACAAAAUAAAAUGAACAAAAAAAUAAGUAGGUAGAGUGAGCUAUUGCCAGUUUUAUAAAAAUAUAGUAAUUUGAUGCAAAAAUUUGAAAUUGGGCAAAAUAUUCCCUAAAAACCGCUAAAAACGUAAAAUAUGCUCUAAAAACGCAAAAUAUUCCCUAAAAAAUGCCAAAAUAUGCUUUAAUAUGCUUUUAUGGUAAAAUAUGCCAAAAUAUGCUCUAACAAAAUAGGCUCAUUUGACUCGAAAUUUCAUGAAUCGUGGAGAUAAUUGAAAAAUUCCCUAUCUCCUAUGCAUACAAAAAAUAUGCUCCAGCAUAAAAAUCCGAGCCCUGCUAAUUAAUAAUGUUUAAAGUUGUUCGAUUCUUGUUCAUUUGUGAUUGAAAAAUAUUAAUAUAUUUAUUGGAUAAU